CCUCUCUUCUCGCCGUAGCUCUCCUCCCCACCACGCGCAUUCGACGGAGAGAAUCGCAUCCCCCGCCCACCCUCCUCCACUCUGCUCCUACUCUUCUACUCGGAGCGUCGCCUCGGUGGUCGCCCCCGCCACGCUCUUCUCCUCUCCAUCGAGAGGAUCGGGGGGUCCCUCUCUCGUUUCGGGAUCACCGUCGUUGCGCUCAGACGCUCCGAGUAUCACGAAGCGGACGCCACGGCCUGUUACGCGCGUUUCUUCUCAGUGUACUGCUGUACGCCGAACGGUGACGACGAGAAUCGAAAAGUCGGGGUCCACUCGCAUCCGCAAUUUCGAACGAGAUAUUCGAUCGGUGUUAACAUCCCAUAGAGACGCGAGAGGAGCGCGAACGAGAGAGAGUGAGGAUCCGCAGUGAGAGCUAUCGGAGAUAGCGCUCUUAUGAGCGUCUCGUUGGAUUUUCCCUGUCGGACGAGCACGAGUAGCGGUUCGCAUUCUCGAAAGGUGCAUCUCUCCGGAUCAAUCGAGGUCCCGGACUUGGGGGUGGGGGGAGAGGGGGAGGAUAACGUCAAAGUGUACGCGAUAGAGAGGUGUGUGUCGGGUGUCCUGGCAUACUCCCAUACUUCCUCUUCGUAGACGGGUGUUAAAGUGUAAAAAUCACAGUUCACUCUCGGAUGCUGGAAUUUGGAGUUCUUCUCUCGACGGUGCGAUAUACCUUAGCUAGCAGCGAAUUCCGCAUCAUGGAAUAUUCAAAGAAAGCGAUUAAAUCCGAGAAUGGAAUUGAUCAAGAACAGGAGAACGAAACACAAAUUGAUGCUGCAUCACCAUCAUCAAGCGUGGAGCUAUCGGAGAAUGGCGCGCAUCCGUGCCCAAUGUGCUCGUCAAUAUUUUCCAGUUGCCACGAACUGACGAAUCAUCUGCGCGGCCAUAACUCACCUCGUAGCACAGACUGCAGCGGUGAGGAGGAUUACAGCUGCGGGGUUUGCAACAAAGUUCUCAGCUCGGCAAGCUCGCUAGACCGACACGUUUUGGUACACUCGGGCGAACGGCCGUUCAAGUGCAAAUACUGCGACAUGUCGUUCACGACGAAUGGCAAUAUGAACCGUCACGUGAGGUGCACCCAUCGGGUGGCAUCGCCCAACAGUUGCACGGACUCCGAGGGUAGCAACGGCUCGGAGAGACCGGUGACGACGAAUCAGGAUGAGUACAACAACAACGAAUUAGCAAGGCGUAAUUCGCCGACCCUAAUCGACGACCGGCAACAACCGUCAUCGCCCGAUAAUCAUCGCGCGAACAAACGAAAAUGCUUGCAGGAUGACGCUAGCGACACGGAGGAGCAGAAGAGGCACAAGACUCUUAUGAAUAAUACCAGAAUUAUGAUUAGAUGCCAAUCGGAUGUGGAGCAGAUGACAUUCGGUUGUAUGAUUUGUGGCAAAGACUUCGUGAGCGGCGCGAUGUUAGAGGCUCAUAUGGAACGCGUGCAUCCGGAAUCCCUGGCCACCUGCGAGAUCUGCAACAUGACCUUCAAGAAUCAUCGGCAAUUGAACCUCCAUCGUUCUAUGAGUCACUACAAGAAGAACGCAGGCGGCAACAACAGCCGUCGCAGCACCGUGGACGGUUUCGGCGAUCUCACGUUCAUGGACUUCUCGGCGGCGAAAUUCUCGGAGAUCGCUCGACGGAUGUGCGAGCAGGAACUGCAUCGACCAGCCUCUGGUGAGGUCAACAGAUUCCAAUGCAUGAAGUGCCUGCAUGCGUUUCCGUGCAGACAGGCGCAGCUCGAUCACGAAAAAGAAUGCAAGGGUCCGUACAAAAAUAAGAGGAAUAGCAAUGACAGUAACAAUAACAAUGAUAACAAUACCAAUAACAAUCUCGAAACGGAACUAGACGCUCCGUCCCCGCAGUCCGACGAUCCGAAAACGACGCGCGAGAUCUUUUUCGCCGUGUUAGAUCUGCAGAAUAAAUCCUUGGCGCGCGAAGUGAAGGAAUCCAGGGAACCAAAAGAGACCAAGGAGACAAAGGAGAUGAAGGAUCUAGCGGAUAUCCCGAGCAUUUUGUCCGUCAGUUUGAAUGGGCUGCCGACUUUUCCGCGAUCAGAUACCAGCACGCCCGAGAACAUCAAGUUUAAUCCGAAUAUCGGCUCUUCGGGUUCCUCAGGCACCUGCUCGUCUGAAUAUAACGAGGAGGAGGCGCAGGAUGCUUUCACUGCGGAAUUCCGAAAGAUGAAACUCAAGGGCGAGUUUCCCUGCAGAUUGUGCGCAUCAGUAUUCCCCAAUCUGCGAGCGCUCAAAGGACACAAUCGCGCGCAUAUGAACGUGGAGCCGGGAAUGCCGUAUCCGUGCAAUAUGUGCCCCUUCACCAGUACUGACAAAGGGGCCUUGUUGAAGCACUUGAGAUCGCAUAAUGGUGAUCGACCUUUCGAAUGCUCCCUCUGCAAUUACGCGUUUACCACCAAGGCAAAUUGCGAGAGGCAUGUAAAGAAUCGCCAUGGAAUGAUUAGCAAGGAGGAUGUUAAGAGUGCGCUGAUCUAUCAUCCAAGCGAGGAUUCGACGAAUGAAAAUGUCGAAAGGAGCUCGCCAAGAGGUAUCAGGGACGACGUGCGAAAAACGCUCGUCUAUCCGAACGAGCGUGAAGAAGUUUCUCAACAACAGAUACAUUAUCCAUCUGUAUCGAUGGAUUGUAAUCCAGGACCUUCAAAUGUUUGUGCUGAGAUACUGAUGAAUUGUUACGAAAAGCCGGACAUAUUCCAUAGACCAACGGCUCUGAAUCUCGUGAAGAAAACCGCCGAGGAAUCGAAUGGAUCUCAUGAUUUGAUCGUGAAGUCUAAUUAUUCGAAGAUCGAUGAGGACAUUGAGUCAAGAUCAUCGGAUGGCAGCGUGUCUCUAGUCAGCGAUACCAAAACAGAUACACACCAAAGAAUUCAAGCUAGUCCGAUAAAUCUGACCAAGUCCACGACAAGCUCCAUGUUAAAUUCAGGAGAGGACGCUCCUUUGGAUUUAUCCAUGGACGUUGUUCUAGAUCUUAGCAGGAAACGUAAAAGGGAGAAUGAAAAUUCUCAGGAGGAGAAACAUUAUAAGAACAAUCAACAAGAAUUGUAUGCCGCGAAUCCGGCACUGCUGCUGACUCAAGCUCUACUGAACAGAGCACGCGAAAAUUCGACUACGUCAUUGGAGAAUUUUUGUGCAAGUACCUUCUAUCGUAAUCUCAACACGUUAACUGGCGCCUCUAUGAUACCGCCGUAUUUUCUCAAUCCUCACAUGUUCGGUCAGGAAUUGACCGAGAAAAGCAAAUUGCAGAAAGAGCUAGUCAGAGGUUUGCAGUUGACCGGCGGCAAUACCUUUCCAGUGGAUCCAUCACUGCCCAGCACUAGUUACGCGGCAGCAUACGCGCAGGCGCGGGAUAUCCCGCAAACCUCGAGCGAACACAAUGCUUACACGAAUUUGAUGAACGCGCAGAUAGCCAACCAGGUCGCACCGAGCCGCGAGAAAGCGGAUAACAUUUCAUCCAACGAUCCUGUGAAAAUGGUACUCAAAAACGGCGUGCUUAUACCCAAACAAAAGCAGCGCAGAUACCGCACCGAAAGACCGUUCGGCUGCGAGCACUGCGUGGCAAGAUUCACACUGCGAAGCAACAUGGAACGACAUAUUAAGCAACAGCAUCCUCAGUGUUGGAGCCAAAGACCCCGCGGCGGACAUUCAACUAGAGGCAGACCGCCCGCGAAUCCGAAUACAAUGCAGAAUUCCGCCCCGUCAACUUCGCAAGUAAUUCAACCAUAUCCGAAUAUUCUUCAAAACGUCGACUCGUCCAUGAUUACAUCGGACUAUAAUACGCAUCCCAUUUCAGAUCAAGUAAAGUAUGCCAUUCUAGCACAACAAUUAAAAGCCGAUAAAAUAGAUGACAAUGAUUCGGAGGACGAAAUGGUAAUAGAUGAAGAAUCAGGCGACAGGGAUGCACAGGAGCCGCAAGCUCAGCACGAGCGUAGCACAAGCUUGCUGAGAGAUCAGUUAGAGAGUAACGAGGGUGUUAAAAACAUUGUCGUGAAAAAGGAACUAAUUGACCCCACGGAAGAGACUUUGGAAGAAUCUCACGGUGAACAAGCUGCACGAAACGGCAUAGACAGGAUCAAUGCUGAUGAACCUGUGGCUACUGAAAAUAAGUCGAUACACAGCAAAGAGACGAUCAAGACAGAACCCUCUGGAAAAGAGCAGGGCAAACUCGAGGACGGAGCAGCCGAUCUCGCGAGUGUCUCGAAACUAUUGGACAAUGCGUCUCAGCAGUAUCAGGAAUUCAAACCGCAAUACUUGAGCGACGAAGAAGGCCCUGUUGCCUCGACCAGUGGCAACAAUUCCGGUAGCGAAAAAUCCGACUCGAAUUCUUUAAACUCCGGAAAUGAUUCUUCGUCAAAUAAAAAAAAAAAGAAGAAGAAGAAGUCCGCGUAUUCGAUGGCACCGAAUCGAGUCCCGUGCCCUUAUUGCCCGCGUCAGUUCCCCUGGAGCUCAUCGCUGAGACGGCACAUCCUCACUCAUACCGGCCAGAAGCCCUUUCAGUGCACACACUGCUUGCAUUACUUCACCACAAAGUCCAAUUGCGACCGCCACUUGUUGAGAAAACACAAGGCAAAGGCCAAUAAAAUGCGCCGUGUUAGAAAUUCCUCCUCGCCAGAGGUACAGGUGGUUGCUAGCAGCAGCAGCGGUAGCAGUAACAAUAUGUUCUCCAUGAGAAACGUGCCCGAGAGACCAUACAAGUGCAAUCAGUGCCCAAGCUCGACCUUCUCUACAUUAGGCAAUCUGAAGAAGCAUCGAUCGACCAAGCAUCGUAAGAUUACGUCUCGGUCGGAGUCCAGCGAUCAACAGAAUAGUCCACCGCAGUGCUCCAACACGCAGAACGAUCAUAGUGAUUACGAGAGCCGAUCGUCGAGCGCGUCCGAGAACAUGGAGAAUUCCGCUAGCGCAGCCGUGAAAGCGAAUUCUAAUACAACGUCUCUAACAUCGAUGAAUGAGAUGACCAGAUCGCGCAAGUCGCCAAGAUCGUCGCCUGGUCCCAGCGAUGCUCCCUUCAAAUGUUAUUUGUGCGACAGCGGCUUUUCCGAGCGUCAAGAUAAUUUGAAUCACAUCAAAAUACAUCACAAGCGCUCGUACGAUAUGCUGAAGGCCAAGGGCGCCCUCGAUAUGGCAUCUAUGAAUAUAGACGCGAAUGAUGAUCAGAUGGCACAGCAACAUCCUAGUGACGGCGAAGAGAAGAGGGGUCGAUUUCCUGAUUACAGUAAUAGAAAGGUUAUAUGUGCUUUCUGUAUGAGACGGUUCUGGUCCGCGGAAGAUCUCCGGCGUCACAUGAGGACCCACACGGGAGAAAGACCCUUCGAAUGUGACAUCUGCACGAGGAAGUUCACGCUGAAACACAGCAUGCUGCGCCAUCGUAAAAAACACGAGUCUGUGGAUUCUGCUAUGUAUAUAGGUAACAGCGGUGAUGAGGACAACUCACCUGCACAGCCACCGACGAUAACGCCUAGAAGUCAACAACAUUCGCCAAUCUCUACAAAUACUAGCAGGCCUCGUACCCAGGACAGAAUCUCUCUGCCGACUGUUGCGGCGGUUGCAACAGCGGACGCGGCACCUUGUGCGCUUAUGCGAUACAAUCACUAUGACAACAUGGCUACUCUCACCGGCAGAAUGGCAAAUGACAACUCGCAGAACGCUGCGCCUGCUGCUCUGCCUUCCCCGCCACCUCCGGCGGAGGUGCCCAGCGAGAGCGGUGAUAACGACUUGAUCUCCAAUCUGCUGGGCAUUCGCGAGAAAGGUUUGCUUGAUAAGGUUCUUCUGAGCUCAGCGGACGAUGCGGCCAAGUUGUUGGGUGUCAAUCAUAGCGAGUGAUAGACACGUUAAACGCAUGUGGAAAGCAGGAUGCGAUCGGACACAUGCAAACUGCGCAUUUGAAAGAUAUAUAAAUUAAGUGUAAUAUGUAGUAGUUAAAUAUGUCGAAUAAUUUAUUUUGAAUUAGCUCUGGAGAUGUUAAUUAAUACACUAAAUCUGAGUAACGAUAAAUAUAUAACAUGUCUGAUAAGUGAGAGAGGAUUAAACCCCGUUUUCUUGCGAUAACGCCACUUGAAAGAUGUUGUCAACGUCUGAUCGUACAUCGUUUUCUUCUACUGUUCGUAAGCACAGAAAAUCAUUAAAUUAAUCGUCAGAAUCCUCCGUCUAAGGUUCACGAUCGUGCCUUACAUUCCUGAUCGAUUUGUCGCACGUAUUUGUAUAAAACACCGUAGUAUUUCGAAGAGUUUUACUAUCGAAAUAAAAUUCUGAAGAGAGACAGAAAGAGCAGUAACCGGAAUAAAAUUAUGCGCUCCAUGAGGUAAAAUUUUACAGUUUAUAACGAGUACAGUUAUAACGAGAUCAUAUUAUCAUUUAUAACAAGUUUAUAACAAGUGUAAACAUGUAAAAAAUAAGUGAACUAAAUCGAUGGGAAUUCAUUCUAUAUAAUUAGGAAUUUUUAUUUCUAUUUCAAAUUUUUAUUAUAUGUAAAAUUAAAAAUAAAAAAAAAAAAAAAUUGGAAACAUUUAAAAUAAAAUACAAAAUUUUACGUAUAUAUACAUAUUAUAAUAUAUAAAUAUAUUAUAUAAUAAUAUAUUUAUAUAUUUAUAUAUUUAUAUAUGUAUAUAUAUAUAUACACAUAAUAAGAAAAAAUUGUAUAAAUUAUAUGAAGAUAUAACUUAAACAGAGAUAAUUUUUUUUUAAUCAAUUUUUAAUUUUAAAGAUAUUUUAUCUUAAAAAUUCCUCGAUUUUAAAAACGUCUAGUUUCACUGAAACGAAUUCUUUUCGAUUUAUUCUGAGAAAUUCACUUAUUUUCUUUUUUAUUUCCUGAACAUAUUUGCAAUAAAUUAUUUUCGCAAUAAAAUGUAUUACUUGCUAUUAUUCUCGCGCACGUUUUCUUUACUUUUGAAAAGUACCUGCGCUGCAUAUUUUAUCUAUUCUAUAGUUGUGUCACUUAAUCGAUUUAAAACGUUAUACAUAUAUAUAUAUGAUUGCUAUCUUGCAAGCGCAUAACGAUGUAGCAACGCUUCUGAUAAAAGUUCCUUCAUAAAGCCUCAAGUCUUCAUUUUCCUUCUGAGAAGCGCGUCAUUUGUAUGACUCCAGAUAUCUUUGUACAUAUAUGUGAAUCAUAUAUUUUGAUCAUACAUACUUAGAAUUUUCGCGGUGGAUUGUACAAUUAUACAUCGCAUUAUUCGCAGGAUAGUAUCAUUUCGACUUCACGAUUUCGCGAACGUGAAAAAGACCUCUGUCAAAAGUAAUAAUUAAUUUAUCAGCAGCAAUGUUAUGACUUAAUGUAUGUACAUUAGGAAAUGUGCAUUAGAAAUCGGCAAAUAAUAUUUGUGUUUGUAUUCCUUAUUCCUUGUUCACACAGUAUUAGGCAAUAGUUGCAAGAUUCUCAUAUUCAUGAUACUAUUGAAAACUUGCGUUUGUAUCUCGCAACUACUGCCUAAUACUGUGUGAACAAGGGCUAAGAAAUACAAACACAAAUAUUUGCCGAUUUCUAAUGCACAUUUCCUAAUGUACAUACACUAAGUCAUAACAUUGCUAUUUGUGGCAGAAUAUUUGUAAAAAAAAAAAAAAAUAAUAAGGAAGCAUCUAGACUUUUUUGUAAAGAAAAAAACAAAGUUUACAAAUAUUCUGCAAAAGGCGAAACUGCAUUUAAAUCCAAAGAAUUCAUUGUUCACGCAAUGAAAAUUAAAGUUAGCGCCAUAUGCACUAUAAUUUUAUUUAUUGUUAGUCAUGUGUUUCUAUAAAAGAGUGAGAAAAAUAAUAGAUUUAAGUGCGAAUUUAACUGAUAUAUAAUAUAUACAUAUAAGCAUUUUAUUAUAAUGCAUUUAACGUAAAUUUUUGUCAAUGAAUACUACGUUCCGACUCAAACAUUCCGCGAAAAUAUUUCUGACUAUGUUUGACAUAAGAAAAAUAAAAACGAAAAUGAUUAUUUUAAAGAAGCUCGUUUGUACAUUCAAGGAUCGCGAUAUCUCGGAUCUAGAUAUCUUGUAUUUAUUAUAUAUUAUAUCGAUUUUUUUUUUCAAUGGAAAACGAGCGAGAAAUGCAAUUUUUAUAGGGAUAAACGAAAUGUGGAAAUGUGCAAAGCAAUAUAGUAAAAUUUGUCACUAUAUUAAAUCAUUUAAAUAUUGUAAUCGCGUUCGAUUAACUCUAAGGAUCUUAAUGUAUAUAGAUAAUUUGAUUAUCCCUUCGCGGAUACAAUUAUACCAAAUUAUUAAUUUCAUUAUAGGCAUAGAUAGUUGAAUUACAUAAUAUUAGAGCGAUCGGGAUGAAUAGAUGGCGGAUUUGACUAGGCCAAAGGAAAACGAUUUGUGUUUCCUACUCCUUCAACUUUUAUCUUUAUCCAUUUCAUUCGUUUAUACUUUUACCCGAUCUUAUCCCUUUCUCUCUACUUACAUCUCUUUGAUUCAAUAUUUUUUCCUCUUUUUCCAUCAUCAUAUUCUUAAAUAUGUAUUGUUUUAUAGUGAAGACGAUUGUACACAUGGCUAUGAUGCGGUUCUAGCCACGUUGAAAACCGAGGUUGAGAAUAAUUGUCUAUCAACAUCGUUCUUGAUCUCGUCUUGUGCGCAUUGUCUUUACGACGUCUCUGUCGCAGGAUGUUUGUAAGUUCAAUCCUCGCAUUAAAAAAAUUCAGCCUUUUGAUAGAACAUCGUCUUUUUUAUAGUGUUUAUAAAAAAAGCUAAAUUUUUUUAUAUAUGUAUAAAAGGACUAAAUUUAGAAAUAUCCUACGAUAAACACAUCAAACGCGCCGAUGUAUUAAUUAAGAUCCUUAUAGAUAUGUUGUAGGCGAAUGAAGGAAAGCUAUAUUUAUCGAAGCGGACGAAUCCAUUUGAAUAUUUUUGAGUGUAAUUUACCUUGACUAUUACGAAAGCUCUAAGAUAUCAAGUAAUCAUUGUAGCGCACGUGUACAUGGAUAAGUUGUAUUCUCUAAUUUAAACUUAGAAUAAUAAACAGCAUGCAAUUAAA